CUCUCCUGGAGGCUGCAGCCGGUCCCAGUGCGAUGAGAAGCGGCAGAGAGUGUGCUGAAGUCCCCGGGACCCCCCGCCAUGGGCUGCUCCCGGAAAGCCAAGCCCUUGGUGUCUACCUGUGUGAUCCUGAGCGGGAUGAGUAAUGUGCUGUGCCUGCUCUAUGUGGGCUGGGUCACCAAUUACAUGGCCGGGCUCUAUGUCAGGGUCCAGGGGCCCCCAGACUCCAAACAGGGGCCCCCAGAAAACAAGGCUCCCGAGGGGGACACACUGAGCAUCAUCCACCGGCUGGAGAGGCUGGAGAGCGUAAUUAACCAGCACAUACAAGAAGCUCCACAGAAACUGGAGGAAAAUGCGGAUGAUCCGUUUACGGACUCCUCCCUCUUCGCACAUUGGGGACAGGAUUUGAGCCCUGAAGAACGACGAACAGCUUUAAAACAGUUCCAGUACUAUGGUUACAACGCUUAUUUGAGUGACCGCCUACCUCUGGACAGACCAAUCCCUGACCUACGGCCAGCUGGAUGCAAGAACCUGACGUAUCACGAGAAUCUCCCCCAGGUCAGCAUCGCUUUCAUAUUUGUCAACGAGGCUCUGUCUGUGAUCCUGAGAUCGAUCCAUUCUGCCAUCGAACGAACGCCAGCUCACCUGCUCAAGGAGAUCAUUCUGGUGGACGAUAACAGCAACAACGAGGAACUGAAGUUAAAAUUAGCAAAGUAUGUGGAUGAAGUUAACCAGCAAAGACCUGGCUUCAUUAAGAUGGUCCGGCACAGCAAACAAGAGGGGCUCAUACGUUCCCGGGUCAGUGGUUGGAGGGCAGCAACUGCACCUGUCGUGGCUCUGUUCGAUGCUCACGUUGAGUUCAGUGUGGGCUGGGCUGAGCCAGUGCUGAAUAGAAUCAAAGAAAACCGGAAAAUCAUUAUAUCACCAUCAUUCGACAACAUCAAGUACGAUAACUUUGAGAUUGAGGGGUACCCGCUGUCCGCGCAGGGCUUUGACUGGGAGUUAUGGUGCCGCUAUCUGAAUCCACCCAAAUCAUGGUGGAAGAUGGAAAAUGCGUCGGCACCAAUCAGAAGCCCGGCUCUAAUUGGCUGCUUCAUCGUAGACAGACUGUACUUUGAAGAGAUUGGCUUGUUGGAUGAAGGGAUGGAGGUCUACGGUGGAGAGAAUGUGGAACUUGGAAUUCGGGUUUGGCAGUGCGGCGGGAGUGUGGAAGUUCUUCCUUGCUCAAGAAUUGCUCACAUAGAAAGAGCUCACAAACCGUACACUGAAGACCUGACUGCGCACGUCCGAAGAAACGCCCUCCGUGUGGCUGAAGUCUGGAUGGAUGAGUUUAAAAGCCAUGUGUAUAUGGCGUGGAACAUACCGCAAGAGGAUCCUGGCAUUGAUAUUGGUGAUAUUUCGGAACGGAAAGCUCUUAGGAAGAGGCUGCAAUGUAAGACCUUUCGCUGGUAUCUCGUCACGGUGUAUCCCGAAAUGAGAACGUACUCCGACAACAUUGCCUAUGGAGUGCUGCAGAAUUCUCUUAAAACAGAGCUGUGUCUGGACCAGGGGCCUGCGACGGACAACAUUCCCAUCCUCUACAUCUGCCACGGAAUGACUCCACAGAGUGUAUAUUAUUCGAGUAACGAGCAGAUCCACGUGGGUGCCCUUAGCCCAACCAUUGACGACGACGACAACAGAUGCCUGGUCGACGUCAACAGCCGGCCAAGGUUGAUCGAAUGCAAUUAUGCCAAAGCAAAGAGAAUGAAGCUGUACUGGCAUUUUAUUCAGGGAGGAUCAAUCCAAAACAAGAAAUCGAAACGCUGCUUAGAAUUGCAGGAAAACAGUGACAUUGAAUAUGGGUACCAGCUGGUGCUUCAGAAAUGCAGCGGCCAGCGAUGGAGUAUAACAAACUUUCACAAAAAUAUAACCGCCUAACUGGUGCCAGCAGACGCUAUAAA